GUUUUCAUUUUUUAGAUUGAAUACUCUCAUCAUUUUAAAUCUGAUAUUGAGUUUCGGCUUUCGUAUAACGACGACGUGUAUGCUGUUGACAAAUUGACAGUCUCUCUGAUGCUUUCGAUCGCAGAAGAAGCCACGGAGCGCUAGCUAAGAUUUGCACCGUUUUGUCUCUGGCUUUGUGUUCUGCUAGAUGCAAUAGCUAUAUCUUCCUGGGAUUUCAAGUAACUAGUGGCUUAGCCGCUUAGGUUUAAGUUUGUGUUUCUUCCUAGGAAGAAACCUGUCUUGUCUUGUCUAGUGUAAAGGACAACAUGUCCCAGAAGCGAAAUCUUCCUUCUUGGAUGAGUUCAAGGGAUCCCGAAACUAGUCCGGGUAAGUCUCAUAGUAAGAAGCCUAAGGAUGAAGGACAAGUUGAAGAGCACAACAGUAGAAGAAAUGCCCCUUCCAACAAGUCAGAACACGCUGAGCCAAGUUCAAGUACCACGGAAUUCUCUAAACUUAUGGAAGGAGUUGUUUUUGUGCUGUCGGGCUUUGUUAAUCCUGAGAGGAGUACACUGAGAUCACAGGCCUUGACCAUGGGAGCCACCUAUCAACCUGACUGGAACUCUGACUCUACGUUGUUGAUCUGUGCUUUUCCCAACACUCCAAAGUUCCGUCAAGUUGAAACAAAUGGGGGAACAAUAAUCUCAAAGGAUUGGAUAACUGAGUGUUAUACGCAGAAGAAGUUGGUGGAUAUUGAGCAAUACCUUAUGCAUGCUGGAAAACCAUGGAGGAAAAGCAAUGUUCGUCAAAAUGCUAUUCAAGAAAAUAGCGAACACCUGUCUAAAAAACCAGAGAAGCAAGUAGAGAAAAAAACAGAAACAAGGGGAACUCCAUCUACCUCAUCCAAGAAUAGAUCAGCUUGCAAUCUUGUGAAAGAGCCAUUUUCUGUUACAGAGGUGAAGAAAUGGGCCAGGGAUGACCUAACUCAAACCAUCUCAUGGCUUGAAAGUCAGGAGGAGAAGCCAGAACCAGCCGAAAUCAAGCGAAUAGCUGCUGAAGGAGUCUUAACCUGCUUACAAGACGCCAUAGAGUCUCUUGAACAGAAGCAGGACAUUGGAUCAGUUACAGAGCUAUGGAGCUUUGUCCCUCGUGUAGUGAAGGAGCUUGGAAAGAUCGAAUCGUCUUCUAAAAAAGAGAAUUCAACAGCUUCAAAGGAAGAACUUUGCAAACAAGCCAAGUCUUGGAAAAAGAUCUAUGAGGUUGAGCUAGCAAACACGAGCGAAGCUGAAUCAUCGAGAACAAAAAGCAGAGAGACCUCUCGGGUUGCCUUUGGCUAUGACAGUGAUGAGACCGUUGAGAUGACUGAAGAAGAGAUCGAACUUGCUUAUAGGAAUGUUUCUUUAGAGUGUCUUUAGAUGAAACUUGUUUCAUUUUGCAUAUGAAAGCACGAGACGUUUGGUAGGAUGUUACGGAAUAAAAAUUGAAAUUAAUCCGGUCUGCUUGGUUCGGGAAGAUUGGUUCUAAUGAAAUUUAUUGAUGCUG